AUGGACAAUUUAUGCAACGAAGUUAUUAUAAAAGUAAAAGAAGCAAUACGAGCGAAACUCAAAGAAAUGAAUGCAAAUAGCAGCGAUGAGAUAAUUGAUUAUAUUAUGCUGUUAGUCACUACUAAAAAAUCUAGUUGCGAGUUAGCUAAAAGUAUUGAUUUUGUGAUGGAGAGUAAUACAACUGUUUUUGUGAAGUGGUUGUCAACAAUUAUCAAAAAAUUGCAACAAGUAACUGUUAGUACAACAAAACAAAUUUUAUCAGAUAAUUUUCAAACAUCUGAGGAAAGUAUAACAGCUAAUGGAAAAAAUGAAAGUAAUAACAUUUUAGUAUGUGCAACUAAUGAUGAUGAAAUAAAAGAAGAUAUCAAUUUAAGUGUUGAUGAUGGAAAUAUAAAAAAAUCUAAUCGAGAAAAACAUAAAAAUUGUUUACCUGAAUUAAAUGUAUCUAAAUCGGAAAAGUAUGAUGAGGAUAUAUCUUCAGUGUCAGACAAAGUAAAACCAAAAAUAUGUUUCUCAUCAAUAGAAACUAUUAAUACUAAAAAUAGCACACUGAUAAAUAAAAAAGAUAUUGCUAUAAAACCUUUACAAAAAAUCCAUCCUAAAAUUUGUAUUAAUUCUGAUGUAUCAAAACAAAGUAUUAUCAAUGUUAAUGAAACAGUUGAUGGUAAAAGAAAAAGACCUCGAAUAUCUAUAAACAGUGACAAUGAAGAUGAGAAAACUGGCAUGUCUAAGCUUCCUAUUACUAUUAAUGAAACAACCAAACAUAUUGAAAAAGAAUUACCAAAAAAAAUUAACAAAAAAACCAUGUCUCAAGUUAUAGUUGUUAACACUCAAUCUAAAAAUAAUUUCAAUGAAACUAGAAAGAAGCUAAAUAUGCAUGAUUUGAUUGUCCAACGAGUUGAUCAUCAGCGUGGUGCUUUGGCUUUAGAUACUGCAUUCAAGUAUAUUCAACAACAAAUUGGUGCAACAGAAAAAGAAAUUGCUGUUAUAAAAAAAUGGAGGGAUUAUGCUGUAGAUAUGUUACGCUCCAGCAAGAAUCAAUAAUGAUUUUCUAUCAAAUGUAUUUU